GUUCAUAGUCAGUGAGGUUGUCAGCGUGGUUGUUGUGUUAUGAGGUGGUGGUCUACGUUUAAAGGAAUUAUAUUAAAAUUUCAGGCGACAUGAGAAACCUGAAGCUGUUGAGGAGCCUGUGUUGCUCGGAGCUGCAGGGAAAGGGCCGGCCGCAGUGCUUGUCAGUACGGACAGACACAGGCACGGUGUUCCUGGGGUCAGACCAGGCCGUCAUAGAGCUUGACCCCCGGGGGAGACAGUUCGUGAAUGAGGUUUCGCUGACUUCCGAUAACUACCUCCCUGAAGAUGGCAGUGGCUCCAUUGUGGGCAUCCAGGACUUACCUGACCAGGAGUCUGUGUGUGUGGCAACAGCAAGUGGUGAUGUUGUCUUGUAUAACCUCAGCGCUAACCAGCUGGAGUGUGUUGGCAGUGUGGACAGUGGACUAACAGGAAUGAGCUGGAGUCCAGACCAGGAGCUCGUUGCCCUCUCCACAGGACAGGAGACUCUCAUCAUGAUGACAAAGGACUUUGAACCAAUAACUGAAAUCAAUAUCCACCAGGACGACUUCGGCGAAGGGAAGUUCAUCACUGUGGGGUGGGGAAAGAAGGAGACCCAGUUCCAUGGUUCAGAAGGGAAGCAGGCUGCUCGGCGCAAGACAGCAGAGGUGCAGCCUGCUGUGUCCUGGGAUGAUCGCCGGCCCCGGAUCUCAUGGAGGGGGGACGGGCAGUUCUUUGCCGUGAGUGCAGUGUGUCCACUGACAGGUGCCAGGAAGGUGAGAGUGUGGAACAGAGAGUGUGUCUUGCAGUCAACCAGUGAGGUGGUUAAUGGCCUAGAGCAAGCUCUCUGUUGGAAACCCUCGGGAAGUUUGAUUGCAUCGACGCAGAGGAAGCCCAACAAACAUGAUGUGGUUUUUCUGGAGAAAAAUGGGCUCCUGCAUGGAGAGUUCUCUCUACCCUUCAAACCGGAGAAGGUCAAGGUGAAGGAGCUGCUCUGGAACGCUGACUCCACCGUGCUGGCUGUCUGGCUGGAGGACAUAAUCUCUGAUGGAGACCACCAGCCCAACACCUACAUUCAGCUGUGGACCGUGGGGAACUAUCACUGGUAUCUGAAGCAGAGCCUGCACUUCGGCGACGACCCGCUCAAGGCGCCAGUGUGCGUGGCCUGGGACCCAGAGCUGCCUCUCCGGCUGCAUGCCCUGUGCCAGGGGUGGCGGUACCUGUGCUAUGACUGGACCUGGAGCGUGGAUCGCAGCGCGGGGGCGGACUCGCGGGAUACUGCCAAUGUGGCGGUCAUUGAUGGAGACAGGGUUCUGGUGACCACCUUCCGGCAUGGUGUGGUGCCCCCACCCAUGUGCACAUACCAGCUUCAGCUGCCCACUGCUGCCAAUCAGGUGACCUUUCACCCCGAGCCAGGGAAGACCAAUGACCUGGCUGUUCUCACCGCCAGUGGCCACAUCUCAAUCUACAGCCAAGGGGCUGCCAGCCAUGAGGAUCCAACAGUUAAAGUUGGGGCGGUUGGAGGCCCAGGGUUUAAAGUUACUGCACAGACACCUGCGCUGAAGAAAACAUACAGCGUGGCGCUGGGGGAGGACCUGCAGCCCCUCGGCCUGCGGCUGCUCACCUGGCUGAGGGACGACACUUUCCUGGUGGUGAGUGGUGGGGAACGGCCCUCUCAGUCCCGCCUGCUCAUGCUGGCUCCUGCAGGGGAGGAGAGCCCGCCACACAGCCUGAAGACCAGGUGCUCCGUCCUUGUGGAAGGACAUGUGAUCAGCGUGUGUCCCAGCCAGAAGAGUGAGACUGUGGCCCUGCAGCUGGAGGACGGCCAGAUCAAGAGGUUCCUCUGGGAGUCCUCAGAUCCUUGUGUCGGGGAAUGGCAAACCUCCAGUGGUGGUGCCCUGCGGUUCCCUCAGCCCUGUGUGCAGACAGCCUUGUGCACCAUUGCUGGGGAGGAGCAAUUAUUGGGACUCAGUGACAGGUCACGUUUUUCCAUCGGUGAUACAGAGAUAUCCUCAAAUAUCUCAUCUUUUGUUCUGUACGACAACUUUCUCCUGCUUACAACACACUCGCAUACCUGCAGGUGUUUCAAUUUACACGAAACCUCAGUAAAAGGGCUGCAGUCUGCGCUGAGCUCUGAGGCCGGGCAGAACGAUGAAACACUGCGCCGGGUGGAGAGGGGCUCCCGCAUUGUCACUGUAGUCCCCCAGGAUACAAAACUCAUCCUGCAGAUGCCUCGGGGCAACCUUGAAACCAUCCAUCAUCGUGCGCUGGUCCUGGCACAGGUCAGGAAGUGGCUGGAUAGGCUAAUGUUCAAAGAUGCCUUUGAGUGCAUGAGAAAACUAAGAAUUAACCUCAACCUGAUGUAUGACCACAAUCCCAAGGUUCCUUAUUUGUGAAACAUGAAGACAUUUGUGUAUUGCGUGUGUUAACAAAUGUACCUGUUCUCUGUUUGUUGCAGGGAAGAAGACACCACAAAGACCAUGUACCCUUUUCCUUCAUCCAGUGCUCCUCAGACUGCCUCAGGGGCCUGUGGGAAGAAAGUAGACAUUGUCUGUGAUGCCUUGAGAGCGGCUAUGGAGAGUGUUGAUCCAAACAAGUACUAUUUAUCCAUUCUAACUUCACAUGUGAAAAAAAGCGUCCCAGAACUGGAAACUGCACUACAGAAAGUCCACGAGCUUCGAGUCAGCCCCCCCAGCAUAGCCAGUGCAGUGAGUGCGGAGGAGGCUCUGAAAUACCUGCUGUUUCUGGUGAACGUCGACGAGCUGUACGAGCAUUCCCUGGGGACCUACGACUUCGACUUGGUGCUCAUGGUGGCGGAGAAGUCCCAGAAGGAUCCAAAGGAAUAUCUACCUUUUCUGAACACUUUGAAGAGAAUGGAAACCAACUACCAGAGAUACACAAUAGACAAGCAUUUGAAAAGAUACAAAAAAGCUUUACAACACCUCAGCAAGUGUGGACCAGAACACUUUGCCGAAUUUUUAAACCUGGUGAAGGACCAGAGGUUGUACAGUGAGGCUCUUAAGCUGUAUCCAUUGGACAGCCAGCAGUACAGGGAAGUGGGCUGGGCCUACGCAGAGCACCUCCUGGAGCAGCAGCUCCCCGAGCAGGCGGGCCUGCUCUUCUCCCGCUGCGGGCAGCCCCGGAGGGCGCUGGAGGCCUUUGUGUCCAGCAGCAGUUGGCGGCACGCCUUGUGCAUGGCCACCCAGCUCCAGUUCACCCCCGACCAGCUGGCUGGCCUGGCCCGCACGUUAGCAGGGAAACUGCUGGAGCUCCACAGACACACAGAGGCAGCCCUGCUGCUGGAGCAGUACGCAAAGGACUGUGAGGAAGCCAUCUCUGCUCUAAUUGAGGGUGCAGCCUGGGAGGAGGCUCUGAGACUGGUUUAUUUAUAUAACAGACUGGACAUGAUGGAGACAAAUCUGAAGCCUGCUCUUCUGGAAGCUCACAAUAAUCAGAUGGCCUUCCUGGAGUCUCAGAGGUCCUUAUUCAUACGUCAUCAAACACGCCUGGCUGUCGUACGGGAACUGAAAGAGAAGGCUAGGCUGGAGCUCCUGGAUGAAGAAGCUCCCGACUGCCCUGAUGCAGAGCUGUUCUCCGAGGCGAGCAGUGUGAUGACAGCUAGCAACCUGAGCUCCAAAUACUCCCAUAGCAACUCCAGGAUCUCUGCGAGAUCCUCUAAGAAUCGCCGGAAAGCCGAACGCAAGAAGCACAGCCUGAAAGAGGGCAGCCCACUGGAGGAUCUGGCACUGCUGCGCGCCCUGGCUGAGAUCAUCCACGCUGUGGACAAGCUCACAGAUGAAGUGCACAGCCUACUGAAAGUGCUGGUCCUGUUUGGCUAUGAUGACAGGGCCAUGAAGCUGCAGCAGGAGUAUGAAGAAUCGCUGCAGCUGAUGGACAGAGCCAUCCCCGAGAUCUGGCGGGAGGGUCUCCAGCAGGACAGCACUCCGGUCCUGGGACCUAAUUCAACAGCAAACAGCAUCAUGGCUUCAUACCAGCAGCAGAGAGCAUCCACACCAUUACAUCAGGAUGCAGAGAUCUUUUUUCCUCCAAAAAUGAAAAAGAACAUGAAAUGGAAGCUUAAUCUCCUGCAGUAGACUACCUGUACAGGGCCACAUUGACACAUUUGUAUUUAAAACGCCAGGCACAAUAAAGCAUCAAUAAACGUUUAAGUUUCACUGU